AUGCGAAAAGGAUUCGAUCAAAUGGAUACCACGAUUACGAUAUCGAAUAAAAGCGCCGCACACAAAUCAGAUUUUCUCCAAUUCACCUACAAUGCGGGCAAGAAUAAAGACGCCGUAAUUUCGGUGGGUUCAUCGAAGUUCGUGCAAAACGGCAGCCACUCCUGGGACAAAAAAUGCUCGCCCUUGUCCAAUAUCGAGAAAGUCACCAAUUGGAUGCGACAAAACGACAAAGAAUGCACCAACACGACCACGGAUUACAACAAAAACAACGAAUCCGAUCCCAAAAGUUUAAUACUAGUUCGAUGCGAUUUCAAUAAAACCACAAACACUCAAUCUUACUAUCAUUCGACUUACAACAGAUCGAGCUCCUUGAUCGACUACCUAAAAGACGAAGUCGUCCUAAAACAAAAUUCCCAUUUGGAAAAGGAUAGCUCUUGUAGAACGGAGAGCAGCCAUUCCAGUGAUAAACUAGAGGAAAUCCCGACCAGCCCUGAGAGCCGGAAAAAAGAACUCUGCAGAUACUUGCAGCUCAUGAACCCGGCCGACAAAAAGGAAAUCAUCAUACUGCAAAACCGCAGAUCGACCAGAGUGAAAAACCUAGUCGAGCAGAAGCAGGUCCAAGAGAAAAUCAAAGAAAUCAAUCAAGUUUCCACGCUAAAAUCCUUCAAGGAACUCAACAUACAAUUCGACAGUAAAUCCGAUGAUUCCGAUCAUUUCACGUUUCCUCUUCCGCCGCGGGAUUUAUCUCCGAGCGAUUUCGACGAUGUCAUGAAAACAAUCGUACCCAAACUAAGGAGGAUCUGCAGAGAAAAGAAGAUACCGCUUUUGAUGCGCUCGAGACGCCAAAGGGCCAUCGAAAAGAUGAAAUCCAAUGCCAAGUUGAAAAAUCUCCGCAGCAACGGCAAAUUGAUUAACAUACCGAUGGAAAGGCUCAUUUAUAACGAACGAAGACGAAGUAGACUACCCAAAGUCGUCGCCAAGUCGAAGAAGCCCGAAAGUGCCAACUGCGAAAUCAUCUCGGUAGGGCAAGAAGAAGACGAGCUCGAUCUAGACCACAUUAUGGAUUUGGCAGAUUUCGAUAAACUCAGCGAAGAACACAAAAAAUGCCUCAUCGAAAGCAGGAUAUUCUCGACGUCCAACGACCUGCUAGAAUAUACCAAAUCCAAGGCUAAAGAUAUUAUUCAAAUACACGAAACCUACAACACUUCCACCGAGCAAUCCGAUGCUGCGAAAGAAACCAGCAUAAGCAAAUACCAAGAGAUCGAUAUGCAAAAACAAAAAGAACAAAUACUAAACGGAAAUACUUACUUAAUAGUCAAUAUUCAUACACCUAAUCAACCCAAAAGACCCGAUAAUGUAUCCGAUGGUUCCACAGGUUCCGAGGAAUCGACGAACUCGACAGUACAAGACCAUGACUACAUCGGCAAAACCAUCACCGACAGCGAAAACAGCAACGAGAUAAUCCCCGAUCAAUCUGUAAAUAACUCAAAAUUCGAGUUGCUGCCGUACAAACCGAACGAAGGCACCGACACAUUGCACAAGAGCCUGCGAUUCCACGACACCGGCAGGAAACAGAAACACAGUUUGACGUCGAAUUGCAGCAUGACGCAGGAAUGGGAUUUGCGUAGUUCCCCCAAGCAACACUCGAAGAAACAGUCUCACUUCAUAAGCAUUGAUCCGGAAAACGGCGCCGUCCUGAAGGCCUAUUACAUGAAUUACAAUCUCAUCGUUUGCCAGGAGUUUAUGGUGUCGUUUUGGAUGCAAACUCCUUUAGGUAACAUCCUCGGCGCCCAAAACAUGUGGAUACCGAGAGGGCAAACUCAAAGGAUCACGUUAAACAACAGGUGCCUGCAGAAGGACUCCACGGAAAAGGUGAUUUGCCUGGACAACAGCAUCGUGUACAUCGAGCUGUGGAUGAAAGAACACAAAUCGGAGAUGCGCCAGGGCCCGGUGGCCGACGUCUUCGUCACCCUCUACUACUGGCAGCGGCGCCAGAACGGCUUGGAGAAGAAGGUGCUGCAACUGGAGAACAUCAACGGUUUCGCCGACGACGUGCAGUACUGCGUCAUGAACAAGUACCCGAAGAUCGUCGUCAGCUGGCAUUCGGCCAACGAGGAGACCACGCAGAAGAAGAAAACCUUCAUUCACGCCUACCAAUUGGCCCUCGACUAUCAGACGGUUUCAAAUAUAUACAAUAUCGAACCGGUCGAGCACUAUGUAUCAUCGUUGCACAAUAUCGAAGAUUACGACGAUCUCAUAAUGGGUUGCGGGGAGAACAAAAUCACUUUGUGGAACAUCGAGUUCGGCCAUAUAAUCGCAACAAUCGAAUUAAACGAUAUCAAAACUCCAUUGUCUACAUUAUGGGUGAAAUGCGACCGGGGAUUCCUGUUCGCUCUGCAGCAAUGCGUCGAUGGUGAAUUGCGCCUGAUCGCCAUCAACGGCAUCAACCAUUCGUGGAAGAAGCUGGCCAAUUAUUUCCCUCCCGAGGGCUUCGAUAGAUUGAAGGGGGUUUGCAUCGAGAACGGGCUACUGUUGACCUUCUACGAUCAAGGGAUGCUGUGCUGGAACACGGAGACGGGGGAGCCCGUGGAGGAGAUUAGCAACGAAAGUGACGUUAUACCGUCUGGGGUGCACGUGAUUUUGAUCGAAGAUAAUAGAAUAAUCGUGAAGCACGCUUUGACUUAUUUCAUGUCGAUGUGCGUGGAGGAUUCGUGA